AUGGUGAACCCAGUGGAUACUCCAAUUGAUUCAACAAUAAUAGAGAUUUCAACUGUUGAAGAAAAUCGGACAUUGAGACAUAUUAUGGCACAGUUGUGGCAAGCCUGGGCCAAUGUACAAGAACCACCAACGUCUAUUCCUGGUUUUCCUAAGAUCACUACUAUCCGAUCUUCAUCUUCUCAGGUCCCAAUAUCAUACCCAUUCUUCCCUCCAAGGUCUGGUCCAUUUGAUAAUUGUAGGGCCGGGCCAUCAACAACACGCCCUCAAGGCAUGUCAUUCAGGAAUAAUACCAUCGUCACAACAGCUGCACCGGUCUACACUCUCCCAAAACCAACUGUUACGCAGAGAGCAACUCAAGAGGGAAACUUCACCACUCAUCCAGAGAAAUACUAUACUCCUGGGAUAGCAUUUUGGGGCCCUAACUCUGUAAAAUUCGGCUACCCCAUUGAUGUGGAGAGGCCCACUCAAGGCUCAGAGCAAGAAGAAAUGUUGAAAAAAUUGAAAAGCAUCGAGCAAGACAUGAAGAGCAUGCAUGGGUUAGGAGGGCACAAAAGUGUCGCGCUCAAGGACUUGUGUAUGUUCCCAAAUGUCCACCUGCCACCUGGGUUCAAAACCCCUAAGUUCGAUAAGUAUGAUGGGCACGGUGAGAGCCUGACUGGUGUCGCUUCAGAAUGGUUUAUAGACCAAAAGAUCUCCCAUUGGCACAUAUGGGAUGAUAUAGCUCAAGAUUUUGUUAGACAAUUUAAGUACAACAUCGACAUUAUGCUGGAUCGCUAUACACUCUCCAAUAUGAGAAAGAAGCCAAGUGAAAGCUUUAGAGAAUAUGUUAUCAAAUGGAGAGAACAAGCAGCCCGAGUUAAGACACCGUUAAAUGAGAAAGAAUUGGUUGAUAUCAUUAUAGAGGCUCAAGAUCCUAACUACUUCUACCACCUCACAGCCGCAAUGAGAAGACCGUUUCACAUAGCAAUCAAAAUUGGGGACAUGGUCUAA